AUAUGAGUGCCUUUCGAAGAAUUGGGGGGAAGAGCAAGGACAGGCACUUAUUGCGUCAGCAGAAUCACGUGAUGCUCGCGCAACGACCGCGACUUUGAACCUUUUGCCCUAUUUUUGUGCUCGCGUCCUUUAACGCGGUUCCCUACCCGCCAACCAGCCACAUUAUCGCCUUGAUGAAGUCUGUUUUGGCAGUCCCCUCCACGACAUGACGAACGAGGUGAUAGACCUGCUCUCGUCAAGUUCUUUUUCCGAUCGCGCUCCCUCCGUUUCUCCAGUGCCGCGUCGACCGAGUCCCGGCGCUCCUCCCCAGUCGACAACACGCUCAUUCGACACCGACAAUGUCUUCGACCUAACUAGCGAUCCGCCCACAUCUUUUCAAGGCCCGAGUAGAGAUGCAGCGUCCCACAGCACAUAUAGUCCGGCGUCUCUCCCUCCGAAACGAGUUGUCCCGCCCACAUUGUUCUACGAGGUGGAUGAUUUCGACACCACGGGUGAUUUUGACACAAGUCGGGUAUGUGACGAACCACUGUCGCACACGGCAAGGAAUGGAAAGCGACUUCGUCUGUCUCCUCCUGGGGAUACGUUCUCCAAGCCCAGCUCCCGCGAGUCGUCUCGGUCGAACCUUAAGGAUGGCGAUAACCCGCUCGUCCGGCAGCCGGGAGGAUCUUUAGGCAAGGCCCGGAUGGUGACCGACACUAUCGAGUUUUCAAGUUCACCCCAUGUCGUCCCGCCCGCUCUCAAGUCCUCCAAAACGUCAAUCUUGGAUGCAGACGACCCCUUCUGCAGCACCUCCCCCCUUCCUGAUGUUGGUGAGGGGCCAUCAGAAAGACAGCGGUCAUACUUGGAUGAUCCCUUCGCUAGUACCCCUCCUGCCCCAGCACCAGCGCCAGUGUCAGCCGGCGAUCCAAUAACCGGUCGGAAAAUAUACAUUGACCUCGAAGAGUCGGAAGAAGACGAUGUACUCGCUGGGUCGGCAAAGAGUUCUUCUAGCGGAACGUAUAAAAAGGACAAUGCAACCGGUACUGGCCCGAAUGGCCCAUGUCACUCUCGGCCUCCUUCCCCAAAGCGGCUAAAGAAAAGCCUUCACUGGGACCCUAUAUCCAGUUCGGCACCGGAGACACAAACCCGCGAUCCGUUCGAAAUUUCGUCCCCUCCUCGCCGAUCCAAAGGUAAGGGCAAGGCCCUCGCUCUGAUCGAUUUGGACGAUUCGGACGAGUCAACCUAUAACAACCGUCCCCGGCCGUCUGCGGAAAGCGACGAUGAUCUCCCCGACCUCGAUGACAUCGACGUUGCCAAGUACCGCCACCGAGUCCCACCAACCAGACCGUCUCGCCCGUUCUCUAGGACAAACUCUGCCCCCGUAUCACGGACAAAACAUCGGGUCGAUGCCGCGUCGGGGUCCCGAACCAAAAAGUCAGCGGACCAUCGAGGACUAGACAAGGAAGCUCGGGCCGCCGAGAGGGAAGCGAAAGCCGCAGAAAGGGAACGCGAAAGAGAGCGCAAGAAAAGGGAGAAAGAGGCCGCAAAGGAGCAAAAGGCGCGGGAGAAGGAGCGCGCAGCCGCCAUGGCCGAAGUCAACAAGGUCAGGACCGACAAGAAAGUGUCCACGCCGGAAAUGAUCGUCGACAUGCCCUCCACCCUCCCGGAAGGCCUGGCCCUGCAAGUGAAGACCCUGCUCAAGGACCUCGACGUCGAAUCGACGACGGUCCAAAGUCCCGUCGACAACGUCGUCAAGUGGCGUCGCAAGGUGAAGAGCGAGUUCAACGACGAGCUGGGGCUCUGGGAGCCAUGCGAGCUGCGAAUCGAGCCGGAGAAAUACGCGCUCGUCACCCUCACGGCGGGCGAGUUUGUGGCCAUGGCGCUUGGUUCCGACGCGGGUGCGGAUCUCGACACGCACGUCGCGAAGGUGAAGCGUCAUUUCUCCGACCACCAGGUCCUCUACCUCAUCGAAGGCUUGGGACCUUGGAUGCGGAAGAACCGCAGUCUACGGAACCGGCAGUUCGUCUCCGCCGUACGGGCGCAAGACGGCGUCGUCGGUGGCAACGGUACUCCCACACAGGGUCGCCCGUCGAACGAGCCCGCGGGGCGUCACGACCAGAGUGACGCCGGGACCCGCCGCCGCCGCAAAAACCCGCCACCACGAAAAGAGUACGUGGACGAGGAUGCGAUCGAGGACGCCCUCCUCCAGCUGCAGGUCUUGCACGGGGUUCUCAUCCACCACACGGCGGCCGGCGUGGAGACGGCCCAGUGGGUGGCCGUGUUCACGCAGCACAUCUCGACGGUGCCGUACCGGAAGCAGCGGGAGGCGGCCAACGCCAACGGGGCCGGGUUUUGUAUGGAGACCGGCCAGGUGCGGACGGGGGAGGACGCGCAGGAUACGUACGCCAAGCUUCUGCAGGAGAUUGUGCGCGUCACGGCUCCCAUUGCGUAUGGCAUUGCCGCCGAGUACGGAACUGUCGGGCGACUUGUGAAGGGGUUGGAGGAACGGGGACCGCUGGCGCUGGAGGCUUGUCCGCGGAGUAAUAAUCGCGAAGGCGCCCCUUCGGACCGGACGGUUGGACAGGCCAUUAGUAGGCGGAUAUACAAGGUCUUUACGGGGAGAGAUGAGACGAGUACAGAUGUAUGACAUGUUAUGUUAUGCAAGGCAAGUUUAAUUUGUAUAUAUUGCACCAGCCAGUCAGUCUAUGGAUGCCUAGACUAGAAUUGAUAUUUCUGCCUAUGGUCUACACC